UCACCCGAGCUUCCUGUCGCAAUGCAACUACUGUCACAUGACAUUGACUUCCCACCACUUCAAUAAUAACCUCAGACAGGAAAAGCUGUUCAGUAUACAAGUCAGUCUGUUAAACACUUCACACAUUCUUAGAUUUUACAUCUUUAUAAUGGAAACCGUUUCUCAAAAUGUUGAACCUGAAGAUCCUGUGUGCCACGUUUCUGUAUCAAAUCCACCAGCUUCCAUCAAGUCCAACAGGAGAUGCUAUCUCGGUGUUAUUACUUUCAUGAUGAUGCUGAGUGUUCUUCUUCUGGCUGGACUCGUCAUUCUUGGCCUCCUCUAUGGUGACUCAGUAAGACAUUUGUCUGAAAUCUCUGACAACAAAGACAAUUUGACUGAGCAUCUGAAUGCUGUUAUUGAGAGGAUGAAUUCCAGCCUCAUUGAAACAACCAAGAAGCUAAUAGAUUUUAAAAGGAAAACGGGAUGUCCUGAGAAAUGGAUCAGAUUUGGUUCCUCUUGUUACUUCUUCUCUGAAGGGUCUAAGUCCUGGGAUAAAGCAAGAGAGUUCUGCAGAGCUAGAGGAGCUGAUCUGGUGGUGAUAAACACCAAAGAGGAAAAUGCAUUUAUUUCUAAAUUGAAAAAGCAACAGUUUUGGAUUGGAUUGUCUGACAGAGACUUGGAGGGGACCUGGAAAUGGGUUGAUGGAAGUCCUCUGACUCUGCAGUUCUGGGCAUCUAAUCAGCCUGAUGAUUAUGAUGCAGAGGAAGACUGUGGAGAAAUUAAUUUUGAACAUCCGGGACUCUGGAAUGAUACUCCAUGUAAGGAUUCAGCGCUGUUAAUCUGUGAAAAAGAAGAAAUGCUACUUGUUUGAAAAAUCUUUAUACGUUUUUUCUUAUUAAUAUCUAACCAAGAUGUUUUUAACCCUUCAAAAUACAUACAGGGUACAAACUUAAAAAAUAAAUCAGCUUUUACUUUUUCCAAGGCAAUGAAAAAAUGUAAGCAGCUCAGAACUGUGAUCACCUAACUAACCAAGAAUAAAUUAGGGUUAAGGUUAAGUUAAGUGACCCUUACUGUAUUUUUCAAACCAUGAGGUGCAGUUAAAAAUGCCUGAAUUUGUUCAAAAAUAGAUAAUCAACUUCAUAAUCUGGUACAAACCUUGGCUGAACUUACUGACCUCCAAUUCAUUUUCUGUAAUAAGGAGCAGUGCUCAAAAAUGUGCCGCACUGCCUGAUGGAACGUUACAGCUAAUGUAGUCAGGAGCAAGACAGUGUGAUACGUACCAUCCAUCAACUGUCUGUGAAUAACUUAAAGUUUGAGUUAGUCUAAUUGACCUAUUUUUUGUACUUUACUAAUUGCAUAUUUUAUACUUUACAGUCUCAUUUUUUAUUAAAGACUUGCAGUUUUUCUUCAACCAUAGCGUUACAGUGUAGAAGUAAAAGGACCACAUGUGGCUUCGGAGCCUCAGGUUGCAGAUCCCUGUUUUAGACGAUGACUUGCCUUUAGUGUUUUAGUUUGCUGAAAUCCCAAAUAAAUUUCAAAUGGAAACAG